AAAGCGAACUAAAAUGAAGUUGGUUAAUUAUAAAAUGUUAUAUAAUAAAAGUGUGCGCGCCGACUUUUCGCCAUUUAUACGCUUAACGUUACCGUAUUUGUAAUAAUCGUUCGGUCUCAUGACCGAGGCCUAUCGAGAAAGAAUGCUUCAUUACCCUUCUAGACGUUUCUUUGCUUCGCAGCCGGUGUGAACCAUAAGCUUAAAGUCGCAUAAAAUAAUACAUACUACUCGUACACACAAUUUAAGUGUUCAUGAAAGUUUUAUUUGAGGGAUAGAUCGAAAUUGGUCGUCGUAGUUAAAGAACCAUUAGUGAUGUUUUCCCGUGCAAUGAACGAUUCAUUUUUUAAUCGGUUCUUUUUAGUGAACCUGUUGAAUAAGUGCACAAAACUGACAUAAUGAUUCAUUUGAAGUCUCGCUCGACUCAUGUGACUCGCUGAAGUGCGGAUCAGGUCAAGCAGUUUCUAAUGCGAUGUCUCGUGGAUGUAAGUUACCUUAUUUAUAUGUUAUUUCAAUGAAUCAGUGUCAGUAUUAGGAAUGGUAACAAUUACUGUACUUGAUAUUCAAUUAAUUGUCGAUAAGAAUUAAAUCCGCAGUGGAUCUGAUAGGGUCAAAUACGGUUAGGUUACUGAAAGCCAAGACCCUCUUCAGGGUAGGCUGCAACAUUACCAUAGCAACGCUGCUAUCGGGGAAGGAGACCAGAAGCCGUUUUUAAUGUACAGAUUAUAAUCUUAAAUCCUGGCAAGAAACUGUCAAAUGUAAACUGUAAAUGAAUGACGUUAAACUCUGAACGCCCACAACAUCACUGAACAUUAUUGACUGGCUACACGCUAGCCAAGUUGUUGCGUGUUUUCUAAUGGAAGGUUGCCAUCUCAGUAAUAUAACUGUUAAGCGUCUUUGCUGAAUGUACGCCGGAGGUCUAAGCUGAAGUGACGACGGGAAAAGCUAGUGGCCUUUGUGUGCUUCUUGGAUAUAAUUACGCAGAAUACGCACACUUUUAUGUCAUUGGCUACAUUCCACUGCAGUAAAGGAUUAUUGCACGAUUGCUGUUAACGAUUAUUUGAUUGAUUUAUCGUUAAUUUAAACGUUCAUCGAAUAUGGGAAAUUGCAUAAAUUGACAACCCUAGUCGCUAUUGAUCUUUUAAUUAUCCUAAACUUAUGUCAUAGUUGUGCCUUUAGAUUAAUUAUUUAGGUGAAAAAAGAUGAGAUGUAAUUUAUCUUUUAAAGAAAGAUUAUAUGCUGCUGUAUAUUUGCACUAAUCACAGGACUCUUGUUGUUUUAAAUCAUUCGUUAAUUAUUUUAAAUUCUGCUUUUUAAUCUACUGCUGUUAAAUUUCAGAUUCCUUUUUUUUUUGUGAGAAAAUGGAGAAUGACUGCUCGCAGCGGACAAAAAGGCGAAGAAUACAGUGUAAAGUGGCAGAGCAUAUAGAGCUGGUCAAAGAUUAUGUUUCGUCUUGCACUAACCAAGCUGUGUCUCCUACCCUAAUACAUGAUUCAGACAAUGAAACAUACUAUGAUUCUUUUGAGACCCUUGAUGGGCUUUUGCAUCCUUCUGACAGAAGCUCUACUGCCCCAGCUUUACUUGAGGAUGCUGACAAUUCAUUUGAUUACAGUGAUGAUGAUAGUCCCUUGGUUCAGAUGUCAGAUUCGGAUCAUUUUGAGUACCCAUGCCAAUCUUUGAAUAAUAACAGUGAUGACACACAAACCAGUGAUUCUGACCCUUCUAAUGAUAUUAAAGGUUUUGCAGAAUGGGCAACACAGUUUAAUAUUUCUCAUUCUGCAUUGUCAGCUUUGCAGAAAAUACUGAGGAGCAAAGGUCUAAACAUUCCAUUGGACCCAAGGACUUUGCUUUCCACAGAUCAUGAAUGCCAAGUAAAAUACAUCGCAGGUGGAUGCUACUACCAUUUUGGAGUUGCAAAUGCAAUAAUGGCAGAGUUAAAUUCUACAUGUGACUUAAAUGAACUAAUUGAUUCCCUUACACUUCAUGUAAAUAUAGAUGGGUUGCCCCUGUUUAGAAGUUCUGCAGUGAAUCUGUGGCCCAUUCUUGGUCGGAUUAAGGAACUAAAGAAUUCUAGUGUAUUUUUAAUUGGUUUGUAUUCCGGUUCUGGAAAACCGUCUUCAGUGCAUGAUUAUCUAAAGGAAUUUGUUUAUGAUUUAAAAGUUGUCAUUCAAGAAGGAUUGCAUUUUAAUGGCAAACAUUAUACUAUUGCACCACCCGAAGCUUUUAUCUGUGAUGCACCGGCAAGGGCUUUCCUCAAGUGUGUUAAAGGUCACUCGGGAUACCACGCCUGUGAACGUUGUAAACAGACAGGUGUAUAUGUGAAAGGAAGAAUGACAUAUCCAGACAGGACUGCAGAGCUUAGAACUGACUCUCAGUUUGAAGAAAUGAUUGAUGAAGAUCACCACACGGGAGUUUCUCCACUAAAAGGUUUAGGUGUUGGCCUGGUUACAAGCUUUGUGUUGGACUACAUGCAUCUUGUGUGUUUAGGUGUUGUCAGAAAGCUUAUUUAUUUGUGGAUUAAGGGCCCUUUAAAGUGUAGAGUGUCAGCACAUAUUCUUUCUGUAAUUUCACAACACAUGACCUCAGUUAGGCUGCACAUACCAAAUACCUUCUCCAGGAAACCAAGAUCAUUGUUUGAAGUGGCCAUCUGGAAAGCCACUGAAUUUAGGUUAUUUUUAUUAUAUUCUGGACCUGUUUUGUUGCGUCAUAAUUUACCACAGAAUUUAUACCAACAUUUCAUGCUGCUGUCUGUAGCAAUGAGAAUUCUUCUCAGUCCGGAUUUAUGUUCAGAAUUUUCUGAAUAUGCGAAUCUGUUACUUAACGAUUUUGUUCACAUGUAUUCCAAAAUAUAUGGUCCUGAGUUUAUUGUGUAUAAUGUACAUAACUUAAUUCAUCUAGCGGAUGAUGCAAGAAAACAUGGAUCUCUUGAUCUAAUUUCAUGUUUUCCAUUUGAGAACUUCUUGGGUAAAGUAAAAAAGAUGGUACGGAGGCCACAGCAUCCGGUGCAGCAAGUUGUAAAACGUGUACAUGAAAAACAAAAAGUAAAGGCAAAGGCAAAUAGACAGGAGGAUAGUGUACUAAAUCAACAUAAAAAACUCCAUCUCUCUGGGCCAUUGCCUCAGGGAUUAGAAGCAUGCAAGCAGUUCAAACAGUACUAUGGAGAAAAUAUUUUUAUUUCAUGUGAAAUGGGUGAUAAUUGUUUUGAUUUGAAUGGUCAAGUUUGCCUUGUAAGCAAUAUAUUGUACAGUGUGUCUGGGGACACAUAUGUAGUGUGUGAUUGUUUUUCAAAUGUGGACAUUUUUUAUGAUUACCCUAUUGACUCUUCAGCUCUGGGAAUCAAACUUGUACAUGGAUUACGUGGACAACUGCAAGUUUUUCCUGUGACCGAGUGCACAAAAAAAAAUGGUCCUUUUACCAUAUAAAGGAGCUUUUGUAGUCUUGCCUCUGCUACAUGACUGCUAAUAUUGUGGAUUAAAUUUGUUUAGUAAAAUGCUGCCCUUUGUGGUUGUGGAAUUUCUGGACUCACGGACUGUGGCUAUUAUACCAAGAAACUGGUUUACCGGGCCAGAGGAAGAGGAGUGUUACUGGCCACCUUCCUCCACUGUCAAUGUUGAUCGAUGUGUUAGAGAGGGAAGAGACCCACAAGAAGAUUGGAUGAAAUUCCAAGUGCGAGUUUUGGGAAAAGCUGCUGACUAUGCAGCUGCCAGAACAAAGCUGCGUAAAGCUGAAGUGACUUCAGAUCUUCAGACGGAUCCAGAACCAGAAAGAGCCAAGCGUAAAAGAAAACUCAGAGUUGUUGACACCGACUCAGACAUUGAAGAUUGUCCAGAAAUGGUCGCUCCACCACCCCCAAGAAGGCUUCUAGUAAAAGGACUGGGGAACCAUCGAGGCACUACACCCGCUACACCACCUCCACCUCAUCUUCUAAAAGAAGCACAAACGCCAGUUCGCAGCACUCCAGCACACACAGGUUCUACUAAUACUCCCUGCAGACCAGUUCAGCCCAGUGGAAUGGCAGUGAGGGAUGGAAUGUUUGUUCGUGUACUGACAAUACUGGAAGAAAUUAAGCUCUGCCACCAGCUCUGCCACCAGCUCUGCCACCAGCGCUGCUUCAGCCCCUACAACUAG